GGUGUGCCGCGCCAAUCAAGUGCUCGGGGGAUCCGGGGUGGUGUCGUGCAACGGUGCUGUGUGCUGAGUUGCGGUGGAGAAUGCCCCAUGGGGUUGGCAUGGGAGCUUAGGGUAGCGCUGCAAGGAUAGUUGAGAGGGAGGGGAGGGGGGUUUGGAGAGGUUAAAAGGACCGUGAGUGCUCCGGUGCUUGGAUAUUACGCUGCUGCGCUGCUACUUGCUACGUUGCUCGUCUAUUUUUUUUCGUUGCAGCGUAUCCAGUCUUUCCACCUGAUUUCUUUGGCUCUUUUUUUUCGAGGCCUUUGAGAUAGCUCAGAGAGUUGAAGGAUUGGAUAAGAGGCUGUGCGAAACAGAGGGCGAGUACGAUGAGCUUGGAUAAAAUGCAGGAUGAGAGGGUCGAGCGGAGUGGGAGUGAGGGGUUUGAAGAGGGGCUUUUGGAGGAUGCGAAGGCGACGAGUGGGUUGUUGUUCAAGAUGGAUUCUCGCAUCCUGCCGGUUCUCGCGCUGCUGUUCCUGUGCUCGUUCAUUGAUCGCACAAACGUUGGGAAUGCGAAGAUUCUUGGUUUAGAGAAGGAUCUCCAUCUUACGGACCAUCAGUAUGCUAUUGGGCUUUGUGUCUUUUACGCUACAUAUAUUGCGAGCGAACUCCCGUCCAAUUUGGUGCUGAAAAAGGUAUCGCCAAAGAUAUGGUUGCCCUUUCUGACAGCUAUCUGGGGUAUCUUGACCAUGUGCUUGGGUUUUGUGACGAAUUUCGCGUCUUUUGUUACUGUUCGCGCGCUGCUUGGUGUUGCUGAAGGAGGACUACUGCCUGGAAUGGUGCUAUAUCUCUCUCACUUUUAUCGCCGCCAGGAGCUCGCUCUACGCAUAGGCAUCUUCUACACUGCAGCCUCCCUCUCCGGUGCUUUUGGCGGACUCCUCGCUCGAGGCCUCAAUGCCAUUGGCCCAGCAGGUGGACUCGAAGGCUGGAGAUGGAUUCUGAUAAUCGAGGGCUUGAUAACCGUUGCCGUCGGCGCAUGCUCCGCUAUCUUCCUUCCCAACUCCAUCGAAUCAGCCGGUUUCCUUACUCCCUCCGAAAGAGCUCAUGCCCGCUUCCGACUAGGUGAAGCAUCCGCCUCACAUGAGCGCUUCGACUGGGCCGAAAUCAAACGCGGCGUCUUCAACCUCCAAGUCUGGCUCACGGCCACCGCCUACUUCUCCAUCCUCUCAGGCCUCUACUCUUUCGGCCUCUUCCUCCCCACAAUCAUCAACAACGGCUUCGCUAAGGACCCUAACAAAGCCCAGCUCUGGACCGUCAUUCCUUACGCCGUCGCUUCCGUCUUCACCGUCAUCGUCGCCAUUCUCUCCGACCGCCUCGCUCUCCGCGGCCCAGUCAUGCUGUGUACCCUCCCCAUUGCAAUCAUCGGCUACGGAGUCAUCAGCCAAUCGACGAACCCGAAAGUACAAUACGGAAUGACGUUUUUCAUGGCUACAGGCAUGUUUUCCUCCGUCCCGUGUAUUCUUUCUUGGAACAGCAAUAAUUCUGCUGGCCACUACAAGCGUGCGACUACGUCGGCGCUGCAGCUUGCGAUUGCCAAUGCGGGUGGUUUCGUCGCGAGCUUUACGUAUCAAAAGAGCGAGAAGCCGCAUUUCCAUAAAAGUCAUAGCAUUAUGCUGGGCUUGCUGUGUGCGGCUUGGGUUUUGGUCGCAGCGAACGUGGCGUGGGUGUGGAAAAUCAAUCGCGAUAAGGCGAGUGGAAAAUAUGCGGAAUUUGAAGGACGAGGAGAUGAUAGGGAUCCGGCGUUUAAGAUGGUUAUGUAGAGGUUUUUGGAUCUGGUUUGGGUUAUUAUGAGCAUGACGAUAUAUGUGGAGUUUUGGUAUAAUGUGUUACGCAACGUCUUAAUGUUUUUCAGCCCGAUCAAGAGAUGAUAUAAAUGUUUGUUGAUGUGGUAAAAAACGCGGCGCGGAUGCCUGCUUCACGUGUAGUAUUGAUAUCCUUUUUAUUAUCCAGCCAAUACUGCGCAG